AUGAUAUUGAAAACGCGAGGGGGAGGGGAAGAGAGCUCGGAGGCCCCGGAGGCAGCCAGGCCGGCCUCCCGCAGCCGCAGAGGGGACGUGGGGGGAGGGGGCCGGAAGAGGAGCGCGCGCAGCCGCUUCCUCGGUGGACUCAGAAAAGAAAAUGCGCAGGGCGCGUUACACGGUGCCAUUUUAGAAAACAAAAGGAGACCCCGCCUGUGCGCGCGUGUCCGUUUCGACCGGGGCGUGGAGGAUGGAGAAAAUUACGGAAGCCUCAGGCUCGGAGAGAAAGACCGUGCGGCACGGUUGAUCCUGGGCGCAGCCCGAGUAGCACGGGGUCACAGGGCCCCCCGCCACGACGCUGCUACGGGUUAUUUCCGCUGGGUGCGCGUCGGGGCGGGCUCGCCGGGCGCGCGGGCCUCGGGGCCCUUUGUUAAAGGAGGAAGGGAGAAAGGAUGGAGCGCUGCGCCAGCCGUUCCUCAGCCCCGCCCGCCUCGGCCCUUUGGUCCCGGUCGAGGUGCGCCGGCGGCCGCGCUCCUCUCCCUGGGCCUAGGCGGCCUCUGCUCACCGCCCGAAGACGCCUGCGCGCUGGCCCUCGGGCCACUCUCCCUGCCGCCGCCGCGCCCACGUGGCGCCCAUUCCCACAGCUCUCCUCCGCGCAGCCAUUUGCUCCCCAUCCCCCAGCUCCUGAAAUCUCUGCAGAGCAGACUGCGUCCACUUUUCAAUGAGACUGCAGCGCAGAGGCUCUUGGCUCCUCCAGUGGCUCUAUCGACAGUGUCAGCACACGGACCAGGGGAGACUGCCCUGCCAGCAAGCAGCUCAGGCCAAGUGAAGAACAUGGGAACACAAGGGCAUGAACUGAUUCAUGGAAUCUCGCCUGGGGAAGGGUCCAUACAGAUUCUGACCAGAUAGGUCCCUGUCUUCAACAAACAGCCUUUGACAAACUUGGGGUACAAGCAUUACUGCAUAAAGUGAUAGGCUCCAUUUUACCUCUUACUCUGAAGAUCACCCAUGAGUUCCCCAAUGCCAUGGGCUUUGCCAAUUGUCAUUGAACAAUAUAAGCAGUUAAAUUCAGCAAAACAGAUUAAGGCUAUACACUGAACAGUAUAAGCUAUCUCCCUGGGGGAAACACAGGAUGAGAGGAUCCAUUAAAUGUACGUGUAGGCCAAGGCCCUGUUCUCCAGGCUUGUCAUGUCAAGAUUGGGAUCAGAGAAGCACUCAUUCAUUCAUUUUUAUUUACUUACACAUUUGACAAACAUUUAUAGAGCACCUCUGAAGUUUCAAGUACUAUGCUAGGAGUUAGGUAUGUGAAGGUGAAUAGGACUCAAUUCCCUGUCUUCAAGAAGUUCAGUCUCAUGGUGGAGAGCAAAGAAAACCAACAGGUACAGUAAGGUACUGUGAUGGAUGUACAGAUGGUCACUGCUCUUGUCAUUGUUAUGUCCUACCUUGGUUCAAGUAUGGUGGCAUAUAAAAAGUCAGGGAAGAGUAACACCUGAAUUGAACACCUGAAGAGUAAGUAGGAAUUACCCAGGGGAAGGGGAAAAGAAGGAAUGUACAGAGGGUGGGACCAACUUGUGCAAAUGUACAGAGAAGAGAGUGAGUGAGAACAUGGCUCAGAGUUUUACAUGGUUCAGUGUGGAUGGGGGAAUAAAGGAUGAGGGAGGAUGGAGUGGAAGAGAUAGGCAAGGGUGGAGGCAUUGGGACCAGGUGACAGAGGCUCUUGCUAUCAUGCUAAGGUACAGGUUGGGUCUUGUGCUUGUUUUUUCCCCCAUAGGCCUCAGACAAUGAUCGAUAUAUGUUUAUUACUUGUUAAUAAACAUCUGAAGACAAUGAUGAAUCAUUGAAGGGUUUUAGGCAGGGAAGAAGCAUGACCAGGUUUGCAUAGGAGACAGUAUGUCAGGGGAAGACUUGAGGGUGAGAGUGGAGGCAGGAAGACCAGGUAGGUACCUGUGGUGAUUCAGGUGAGGUGUGAAGAUGGACUGAACUAAUGUAAUUCCAGUGGGAGUGGAGAGAAAUGUGUGGACAUAGGGUCAGUACAUGAUACAGGGGAAGGGACUGCCAUUUUUAGGUCAGGGAGUUUGGAUGCUUUUAUUAUUUCUCAUGGGCACUACCAUACCACACGCAGAAAAUACUGGUCAACCUGACGAUUCUUCAAAAACAGACUCAGACUAUAAAACUGGUGGUCUUUACUUCCCACUAUUGUGUCUGUGUAAGAUGCCACUUCUCAGGUUCCCAUCAAACUUCUCUUGUACUUAUUCCCAUUGCUUCUUAGCCAAGGGAGCAAAAGGGAAAACUAUUCAGAAAGGGAUGAUACUUAACUACCUUUUAGUGACCAGUCCUUCCACAAGCUGGGUCAAAGGUGAAGGGGCCUCCAGCAUUCUGUCUUUACACUAUGCCUGAGAGACCAACAGAGACAACUUCAAGUCCUUCUUAUGCAGCAGAAGCUAGAAUGAAUGCCUAGAGGUAGACAGACUUGACCAAGGACAGAGCUGGGGAGCAACCAUGACAUCCAGAAACACAAGUCCCCCUCCACUCCUUUAAUUUCCCCCCAGCCAUAUCAUUAACAAAAGAGAGGAAGGAGGAGGAGGUGAAGCCAGGAAUGAGCCAAGCUCAGCUACCAUUGCCACCCGUACCCCCAUUUCUCCAGCUUCAAAGAGAAUAUUGGUGACUGCUGACAUCUAAGUUUUGCAGGUCAGUACAGACUUUUGAGACCUGUUGUACAUCUCUCAGCCAUGUUCCAGCAUGUACUGUCUUUCGACACUCGUAUUCACACUGUAUCAAAUUUGAUCUUUCCCUCCUCAACCACACCUCUACUUCCUUCUACUAUUCUGUCCCAUUGCUCAUAUCACAAUGUCUUGAGAAUGCCAAUAUUUUUGUGCCCCAAUUUCACCUCUGGCACCAAGAAGGAGUAUAAGAUUAAUAGUUCUGACACUCUUGGUUCAGAAAAUACUGCUGUUGAGCUCAAGGUGGGCAGGUUGAGAUCCUACCCCCAAUUUCACUAUCUCCAGCCUCACACGUGCAUCUGCAAACAGGGAACCUCCUGAGGAAUCGUGCUCUUGCAGAUUCCACAGCCACCCACCUCCAAGCCUGGUUUCCUCCACUCUCCACUCCCUGGCCCCCACCCCCUGAUGGGAAAAGUGCUUCUUUAGCUUUUUUCCUCUUCCCUGUUUGGCUCUAUCACAUCUCACCAGGUCAACACUUAUUUUCUUAAAACCAUAGUGUUUACAUUCAAGGGUCAAAGGUACAAUCCCAUUUUCCUCUGUCAUCGCACCUGGCUUUCCUGCCUUUCAGAAGAAAAUGCUCCAUUCAGAGGUCUUGGUUUAUUUUUUUCCAGGCAGUGAGUCAUAGCCACAGAUUUGACCUCCUGGUGUGUCACAGCGUGGUCACCUCCCCCAACUCACAGAAGAUGAUCAAAGACUAUAUAUUAUAUGUAUGUAAACAUAUACUUAUAUUCCUUUAUAUUAACUUGCACAUAAUACUUUAAAAUUUGGAGGAAAAACACCUCAUCAUAUCCUACCUCCCCACCCUCAUUUAAUUCUAUCUCACACCUGAUAUACUGCAUUAUCCAUCCCCCCUUCUUUCCCUCCUUCCAGUCUUUCUCUCUCCUCACUAGAAUGUAAACUUUUUCAAGUUUUUAAAGCUUUUGCUUGUUUAAAUGUAAACUUUUUAAAGCUUUUGUUUGUUUGAGUUCUGUAUCCCCACCCAGCUAAGUGACUGGCACAUAGUACAUACUCAGUAAAUGUUGAAUAAACAAAUUGUUGAAUGAACAGUUGAUUUUUCCUU